AUGGACGGCAUGGACGACACAACAUCCCGUCCCGCAACCCGCCAGCCAAAGAAGAGAUUUGUCGGCAGACGGACAGCAGAUGCGCAGGCACAGACUGACUCUACAAACACCGACACCAGCAUAGAAAAAGCCACCCCCCGCAAACCACCCCGAACGCUAAACCAUAUCCCCCCCUCCAUCUCCGAAAACCCGGACAUCCUUGCCGCCAUCUCCCUCCUCCCCUCCAACUACUCCUUCGAAAUCCCCAAAACCAUCCAUCGCAUCAGGACCCUUGGCGCAAAACGAGUCGCCCUCCAAUUCCCCGAAGGAUUGUUGUUGUUUGCAACUACAAUAUCAGACAUCCUCACCGAAUUCUGCGAUGGCGUCGAGACCCUAAUCAUGGGCGACGUCACGUACGGCGCCUGCUGUAUUGACGACUACACCGCGCGCGCACUCGGUUGCGACUUGUUGGUGCAUUAUGCGCAUAGUUGUUUGAUACCCGUGGAUGUGACAACCAUCAAAACCCUCUAUAUCUUUGUAGACAUCAGCAUCGAUACAACCCACCUCCUCGCCACGCUCGAACGCAACUUUGUCGCUGGCAAAACAAUCGCAACAGUCGGUACAAUCCAAUUCAACGCCACCUUACAUGGACUAAAACCCGCCCUUGAGCGCGCAGGCUUCAAAGUGAUUAUCCCUCAAAUCAUGCCGCUAUCAAAGGGGGAGAUAUUGGGCUGCACAUCCCCCCAAUUAUCAGAUACAGAGGUCGAUUAUUUGUUGUAUUUGGGUGAUGGGCGGUUUCAUCUUGAAUCGGCGAUGAUACAUAACCCGAAAAUCCCGGCGUAUAGAUACGAUCCAUACUCGAGGGUUCUUUCACGAGAGACGUAUGAGCAUGAAGAGAUGCAUACACUGCGCCGGGACGCCAUAAACGCCGCCUCCAGCGCCAAAAAAUGGGGUAUAAUUCUCGGAUCGUUGGGACGCCAGGGGAAUCCACAUACAAUGUCAUUAAUUGAGUCCCACCUGCGUGACAAGAACACCCCGUUUGUGAAUUUGUUGCUGAGUGAGAUCUUUCCGGGGAAGUUGGCUUCUAUGCCGGAUGUGGAGUGUUGGGUGCAAGUGGCUUGCCCCCGGUUGAGUAUUGAUUGGGGGUAUGCGUUCCCCAGGCCGUUGUUGACGCCGUAUGAGGCUCUUGUUGCGUUGGGAGGGAAGAAAGGGUGGGAUGAAGGGAAUGGGGGUGUUUAUCCGAUGGACUUUUAUGGAAAGGAUGGGCUUGGGAGGACGAGGGCGGAGCAGGUCUCUGUUUAA